AUGGCUACCACCACGCAACCACAAAGUAUACUGAUGGAUGAACCUUUGAAUCUUCCUAACAACAGCACCCACGAUAAUAAGUAUGGAAACGUAAAUGCGAACAUAAGAACUUCUACUGGAAUGGGCAUGCACAUGCACCCUGUCAGACUGAAUUCUCUGGAAUUUUUGCACAUGCCCCGAAGGCUCUCUAAUGUCAAACUGCACAGAUUACCUCAGGACGAGUUGCAGAGAAACACGAACAUGAACAAAGGAAUGUCUUUCAAUGGACAGCAGGUUCAUGCACAUCAUCCCUUUGUGCUUCCAGGCAUGGACUCCAGUGCCAAUAAUAAGAACGUUAUUAAAAUAGGAGAGGAAGAAGACGAAAUAUCUCCCCUGUCACAUGAUAAUUUUCAGUAUGAAUCUGAAGAGAAUGCUAAACCUUCACCUCCCAUCUAUAAGAAAUCUGGGGAACUAGUGAAGAGUUCAUUAAAAAGAAGAUCCAAGUCUUUGCCUAUCACUCCCAAGUCUAUAUUCAACAAAACCGGUGCUAAGGGAAAGCAUAUCAAUUUGGAUCAUGUGGACACGAGACUGUUGCAAAGAAGUAAGAGUGUGCAUUUCGACCGUAUUCUACCAAUAAAACUGUUUCAUGAAAACGAAAAACCUAUAGAUGUCAGCAAACAAAUGAUUCAAAAAGAUGUUCUAAAUUUCAAACAUAAGCCUUUGACGAGAUUGAGUUGUUUCAAUGGUGACGAUAAUAGUGUGCCCAUUGAAGAUUUACUUUCCGAAGACAACCAGAAGGAUUAUGAAGAAACAUGGCUACAAAACCCAAAGGGUGUAUUUUUAUUUGGUGCCAAUGCCAAUAAUCAAAAGAAUGAAAAGAAGAAGUUCAAAUUAAGUGACGAUGAUAGUGAUAUUGAUAGCGACAAUGACGGUGACAACACUAUUAACCGUUUAGUUAGACAGCAAGACAAAGACCAGGCUCACCUCACACACGGGUUAAAGAAUUUGUUAAUAAAUGAUGAUGACGCAUAUUCAGAAUCAAGAAGAAAUUCGGCUAAACCAGAAGACAACUUAUUUUAUGGGAACUCCAAAAAGGCUGUUGGCCUUUACAAUAAGAACUUCCCAAUAUUAAGUGACAGAAAUCGUAAGAGUUUAAAGCUGAACAUAUUUUUAAGUCUCUCACAUGGGAGGCCCGUUUUCUUACAAGAAAUUACUUUACGAACAGGCUUUUCUAACGCGGCUAUAAUCGGGAAAGUCUUUGUGAAAAACAUAUAUUUUGAUAAAAAGAUCAUCAUAAAAUAUACAUGGGAUGCAUGGAGAACGUUCCAUGAGUCUGAAUGUGUUUAUUUUUCUAACGCUAAUGGCAUCUUGCCGGGAAGUAAUAUGGAUAUUUUCAAAUUCUCCAUUGAUGACGUACAUAAUCCAAAUGAUGAAGAUAGCAAUAUAUCGCAAUUAGAGUUCUGUAUUCAAUACUUAACUUGGAGCGUUGAUCGUUCUAGGAAGGAAUAUUGGGAUAAUAACAAUUCAUUAAAUUAUAAAAUUGAUGUGGUGACCAACGAAACGAGGCUGGGGCCUACGACAGAUGUUAAUGAUACUUACGAAAUGAAACAUAGUCUUUUCAGAAAUCCAUUUCAUUAA